UAUAGCCACCGUGAACACACCCUCUUCGGCAGCCACAGCACAACUGAGCUAGCAAGCGAGCUCACUAAUGCACGCUUGCUCUCCACUACACACUCAAAUCAAGCACUAGGUUAAUUAGCUACCUGGGUAAAUAAUUUGUAUCAUCAAGAUCAUCCAUCAUGGUGCUCGCAUCUCUACCCAAGGUGGUCCUUGGCUCGAUCGCCUUCGGCAUCUUCUGGAUGAUGGCGGUGUUCCCGUCGGUGCCAUUCCUCCCCAUCGGACGGACCGCCGGCUCGCUCCUCUCGGCGGUCCUCAUGAUCGUCUUCCACGUCAUCAGCCCGGACGAUGCCUAUGCCUCCAUCGACCUCCCGAUCCUCGGCCUCCUCUUCUCCACCAUGGUCGUCGGCGGCUACCUCAAGAACGCUGGCAUGUUCAAGCAUCUCGGAACCCUCCUAGCAUGGAAGUCCCAGGGAGGGCGUGACCUGCUCUGCCGGGUCUGCGUCGUCACAGCCCUUGCCUCGGCCCUCUUCACCAACGACACCUGCUGCGUCGUGCUCACUGAGUUCGUCCUCGAGCUCGCCGCCGAGAGGAACCUCCCGGCCAAGCCCUUCUUGCUGGCCUUGGCGUCCAGUGCCAAUAUUGGGUCCAGUGCCACCCCUAUUGGGAACCCACAGAAUCUGGUCAUAGCAUUCAACAGCAAAAUCCCCUUCCCCAAGUUCUUGCUUGGGAUUCUGCCGGCCAUGCUCGCUGGCAUGGCUGUCAACAUGGUGAUGCUGCUAGCCAUGUACUGGAAGGACCUUGAGGGUACGAGCCCUUGCAUGGCCAACAACGGUAAGCAGAUGGAGGCCAUCGAGGAAGGCCGGUCUCCCUCCGUGGCAUCCCUCAAGAGCCCGCACCCGAUCACGGGAGCCAUGGUCGUCGAUGACGGCGACUCAAUGAUGGAGGAGAACAUAUCCACCAAGCACCCGUGGUUCAUGCAGUGCACAGAGCAGCGGAGGAAGCUGUUCCUCAAGAGCUUCGCCUACAUCGUGACCGUCGGCAUGGUGGUGGCCUACAUGGUCGGGCUGAACAUGUCGUGGACGGCCAUCACGACGGCAAUCGCCCUAGUCGUCGUCGAUUUCAGGGAUGCCGAGCCGUGCUUGGUGAAGGUGUCCUAUUCGCUGCUGGUCUUCUUCUCCGGGAUGUUUAUCACGGUGAGUGGGUUCAAUAAGACAGGGCUCCCCGGAGCUAUUUGGGACUUCAUGGCGCCCUACUCCAAGGUUGACAGCGUUGGUGGGAUAUCUGUGCUGUCUGUCAUCAUCUUGCUCCUCUCCAACCUCGCCUCCAACGUACCAACAGUGCUGCUGAUGGGUAACGAGGUUGCCACGGCAGCGGCGCUGAUAUCGCCGGCAGCGGUGACGCGGUCGUGGCUGCUUCUGGCAUGGGUGAGCACGGUGGCUGGGAACCUGUCGCUGCUGGGGUCGGCGGCGAACCUGAUCGUGUGCGAGCAGGCGCGCCGGGCCCCACGGAACGCCUACGAGCUCACCUUCUGGAACCAUCUUGUCUUCGGCGUCCCCUCCACCCUCAUCGUCACCGCUGUCGGCAUCCCCCUCAUCGGAAAGAUGUAGCCACCCACCUCACCGCCGGCCACCGUCUGUCUUCUCCUGCGUUCAUUUCCUUCCUAUGUGUGUUGUUAAUGGCUUAACUUGUACCUAUGUAGCAAUGGAACUUAAUUGGCCUUGCUCUAAGAUUAUUUACAUAUAUAUGUAUGUUGUGAUGAAUCUAUCGAUUGAGGAGGCUUGGCCGAAGAUUAGAGCGAGAAAUUAAGGGAGGAGUGGAGAUCAUACCACGGUGUGCUAAUUUAAUUAAGCAGUGCACUAAGGUCAUGGAUCGGCAUGGAUAUUAAUUAAUUUCCUUCAAACAACAUAUAUGUACUCUACAUGUAUGUAUAUGCAGUGCAGGCAUGUGGUUGAAUGCAUAUGUACGUAUGCCAAGAUGUAAGGAAAUUAAUUAAUGUUAUCUUGUAUAGCUGGUUGGGAAAGAAAAAAUGUUCUUGCA